UUCGAAAAUCGACGUGGAUCCCCCGCGUCCAAGUCUUUCCGCCUUCCGUCUCCUUUUUCACUACGACUACGGCAGUUGCCGCUUCUUUUCUUCCUUGCUCAAUUUCGCUACCUUCCUCUUCCAUCUCGGAGCUGCUGAUCCAUUUCAAUGGCGAUUUCGUUGGCGACCGUUUUGAGAAGUCUGUUUGCAGUGCUGGGCUCCGUGAUGCUGAUCACUCUUCUUUACACCAUCUUCACCGACGGCCUUCCUUUCCGCCUCGAUCUCCUUACUCCGUGGAUGGCUGCAACCUUGGUUGAUUUCUAUAUCAAUAUUGUGCCUAUAGCGGCUUGGUUUUUCUACAAGGAAUCAAACUGGAUUAGUGCAGCACUGUGGAUAAUACUGCUAGCAUGUUUUGGAAGUUUGACUACAUGCGGCUACAUCCUUCUGCACUUGAUGAAGCUUUCUACGAAAGAAUCAGAAGAUCCGAUUUACUAUGUUCUGUUGGGCCAUUCAAACAAGUAUGGUGUGGUAAAUAAGCACAAGCACUCCCCUGUUCUGAUUGCCAGAGUUCUAUUUAGUGCUUUGGGGCUUUUGAUGCUGGGAACUCUUCUAUACACUCUGUUUACAGAUGGUUCUCCUUUUCGCAGAGAGCUUUUUACUCCGUGGAUGAUGGCAACUCUAAUUGACUUUUAUAUCAAUGUUACAGCUCUUUCAGUUUGGGUUGCUUACAAAGAAUCAAGCUGGAUUUCUGCAGUAGUCUGGAUAGUUUUAUUGAUAUGUUUUGGCAGCAUUACCACGUGUGUCUAUAUCAUCCUUCAGCUGUGGCAGCUGACAUCCCAAGAUCCAAUCUACCUCGUUUUGUUUAAAAGUGGUGACAGGAUACUAAGUGGGCAGCUUAGGAAGCUAUGUGAUUGAAACGACAGGAAAGCAGGUGUGAGGGGGUUUUGAUCUGAGGAGAUAAUGCAAAAUUUGAGGUUCAUGUGCAGUUCAAGACCUGUACAGUCUAUUGUAUAAUUUGAAUACACAAUUCCAAUGGUGCAAAUGCAUAUAGGUUUCUAUGUUGUAAUGCCUAAAAAAUAUUUUUCUAACAUGUAGAAUACCCCGGGGCCAAAUCAAAACAUAUGUAAAAUUUAUAUACUAAAAUGAUUAGUAAAUACGGAAUGUGGAUAUCAGAAA